CAACCAUAUGAAUGUAAAGGUUUCGUAUGAACAUUUCCCUCAUCAUAUCUAACAUACUCAUAGAGAUAUUAUUGAAAGUAUUAAUCAUCACAGAUCAUAUAUUGAUCAAUGAUCAACAAUUGAAAUCAUUUGCCUGUUGAUAUUUUGUUGAUAACAAUUAAUUAUUAUAUAACAACUCGGUUGAUUAACCCAUGAAAACCACCGUUAUAAUUGAGUAAAAUCAAUUCAACACCAAUAUAAUUAUUCAACCCAUUGAACCGAAGUGAUUUUGAUCAAUAUCCUUUCAUCAUCAUUAAGUCAACAAUCAUAUUAUUAACCAUAAAAUCAUCAAUAAUCAGCAAUUUUGAAAGGAAACAAAUUAUAUAAUCAACUAAUUGUCUUUUCUUUCUGAUCUUAGUUUUUUUUUCAGCUUAAGUUCAUUAAUCGUUUAUUGUGAAAUCAUUAAUUGAUUAAUCAGCUGAUUUGAAAUUACGAAGUUAUUGAUUCUGGAUAAGUUAAAAUCAUUGUGUCAAUCAAUUGUUGACAAAAUGACAACCACUUUGAGUGAAAAUAGUAACAAAAUUGUUGUUCACAAUAACAACAGUGGUCAGUUGGUCAAGGAGGAGGUUAAGGUGAACAUUGAUGAUUCAGUUAAACAGGAAGAUACAAAGAUGAUCCUUUCAACCGGAAUUACACCUGAUGGAAUCAAAUAUCAUGUUCGAAGGAUGAAAUUCGAGGACAUUGAUGAAGUUCUAAUGGUAUGGAAAGAAAUUGGUCUCUAUGAGGGAACCAAUACAAUCCAAAGUUUCCUAACCAUCGAUCCUGAAGGUUUUUAUGUUGCUGUUAAUGAGAAUGAUGGCCAAAUUGUCGGUUGUUGCGCUGGAGUCUUUGUUGACCCCAAUGUCGGCUUCAUUGGCCUUUACGCCGUUAAACCCGCUUUUCAGGGCAAAGGUAUUGGCACCUCGAUGUGGAAACAAAUGAUGUCUCAUAUUGGUGAUAAAAAUGUUGGUCUUUAUGCUGUUCCCAAGCAUUUGAUUACUUAUCGAGACAAAGCUGGUUUUCGAGUUGAGGAUACAAUUAAAGUGCUCGAGUAUGAAGGCACUUCUUUGAAAACGGACGAUCUUGUCAAAGGAAUCGCCAACAUUGAGAUUAAAUGUAUGACAAACGAUGAGAUUUUACAGAGAAAAGUGAUCAAUUAUGAUCAACGGGUAGUUAAUUAUGAUCGAUCCAAUUUACUUAAAUUAACUUUCAACGAAUUGGAUGCUCUCUCUAUGGUCGCAAUUGAUAAGGACAAUAAUUCAAUUGUUGGCUUUGGUUGUAUUCGGACCAAUAACAUUAAUCGAGCAAUGGCCGGACCCAUUUACGCCAAUAACGAUGCCGUUGCUGAAUUAAUUGUCUACAAUUUAAUCACCAAUUUACCUGUUGCUCUGACCACUGGCUUGGACUUUAUGACUCCAGAUUGUAAUCCUGGAGGAUUAAGAAUAGCAACUAAAUUGGGAUUAAAGAAAAAUGAAGAUUUACCUCGAUUGUUUGUCAAAUCAAUUCCAAAAGUCGAUUGGAAUCGAAUCUAUUGUAUACAUACCCCGAACUUUUCUCCAUAUUAAUUUCCAAAGGUAUGUUACACAAUUAGAGAAGUUAAUUAGUGUCUUAGCUAAAUUGUUAUCGAAUUGAUUCUGUUGCCUUGGUGUAAAAUUGUCCAUUUAGUUUUUGAUUAUUGUGAAAAUGUUGAUCAAUUACAAGGUGAUUAUAUUAUUCA